AUGGACGAGUUGUAUCCUGCAAAUAAAUCUAAGAAAGUUUCAAGUAAUACUUUUGCCAAAAAACUCUCAGAGCUGAGAUAUGCAAUCACACCUAUAUUCCCACACACCCAUAUCUUACAUGACCUUAGAGGGAAUCACGACAAUUUUGGUGUAUCAUCUUUUGGUGGCCCAUCUGAUUUCUUCUCUAAAUAUAGCCUCAACGGGCAACUGGGGAGAAAUGGGCCAGUUGAUAGCAUCAUCAUUCAGACUGGUGAAAGAAAGCUUCUUUUUGUUGGGAUUGACACCACAUCAUCUUCAGGAUUGCGAGGCCCAACUAACUUUUUUGGCCAUCCAACGGAUGAAUUAUUGAGUCAACUAAGUUCUGCACUCAGAAAGUGGGAUUCUCAGUCUGCCAAACCAAUAACCAAGAUUUCCUUUGGUCAUUUUCCCCUUUCUUUUUCUGCAGCCUCGUCUUCUGGAAAGACAUUAGAGGAUGUGUUUUUACUGCACUCCUUAUCAGCUUACAUAUGUGGCCAUCUGCAUACAAAAUUUGGUAAGAAUUUAAAACGGCGUCAUGAAUCCAUUCAUCCUUUAUACCCUCAUAAAAUGAUCCAGUUCAAUGCAAAUACAAUACCUUUCGAUAAUAGAAAAGAUUGUUCAGAUGGAUUGACAUCUGUGGAAGAAUUUUGGGAGUGGGAAAUGGGUGACUGGAGGAAGAGUAGAGCCAUGCGCAUCUUGGCCAUUGAUAGAGGUCAUAUAUCAUUUAUUGACAUUGACUAUAAGUUGGGGGCUAAAAACACUAUCAUACUGCCAACAUUUCCACUGGACUCACGCUUUAUGGCAGCAUCAUAUCACAAGCAUAAUUGUGACUCAAUGGAUCUUUCAUUAUAUGAGACUAUUAGAGUUCUGGUAUUUUCUGCUUCUCCAAUUGUGUCAGUUGUGGCUAGGAUCUAUGAUUCAAGGCCUGGAUAUCUUCUUGAGGUGGUGGAGACAUCUCUUAGAAAGUUGGAGAGUACCUCUUAGGGAGAUCUGUACUUUGCCCCUUGGAAUUUUAAGGCUUUUGAGGAUCCAUCUCCUGAGAGAUAUUUGCUGCAAAUAGAGGCUGUAGAUAAUUUGGGUAGAUCAACUUUGAGUGAACUGAGACCAUUCUCUAUAAAUGGUCUUCAUGCCAAGCUUUCGUGGAGCUGGAAAGAGUUUAUCCUGAUGGGUUGUCAUUGGGCUGCGCUCUAUCUCCCGAUAUUCUGGUCCUUCUAUUUUCUUGUUCUGUCUACCAUUCUUGUUCCAAAAAUUUUACUCUUUUUCUCUAGAAGGCACUACAGUUACAAGCAUUACAUAGCCAAUAGAGGAUUCUUAAAUUGUCUGGCUUGGAUUUUCACGGAGCUGUAUAAUAUUCCAAUCCUGUGGGGCUGUUUGGUGGCUUACUUGUUUUACCUCAUUAUGCCUUGGCUUUUUGGCCAAGUGUUUACAGAUGGCAAAGAAAGGGGGUACAUGACUUACAAAGGCUGGGUUUUGAAACCCAACAAGAAUGGGAAUUUAGAAUUUCUUGGGUUUCCAGACAUAAUGGUUGUCGUUCUUCCACAUCUGUUUUUUGUGGUCCUGCCUGCAAUAGUGGUAAUUGGGGGAUUGGCUGCUGAAAGGGGAAGAUAUCGUGAUUAUCUUCUUUCACUCUCAGGAAAGAAAAAAGAUGAAAAUCAAUCAGAAAUAAGGGGAUAUGCACCAUCUAGUGAUGGCAGACAUAACAGAUCACACUUCCUUUCCUCAGAGAGGUGGACUAGAAACGUACUCCUGGUAGUUUCUUUGGCAAUUUGUUGGGUGCAUUUUAAGAGUUGUAGAGUUCUCAUGAAAGCAUACGAGAUGAAUCCUAUCAUUCAUUUCCCUUUAUAUAGCCUCCUGAUUCCUCUGAUGCUGGCUUAUACUAUAUACAAAACUGGGAACAUUUAAGAAGCAGUAUAAAGAAGAUGCUGGAACAACAAAGCACUAACUUCAUUUUAUGUGGCAAACAUUUGGCAUGUCUUGGUCCUGCAGCAUCAGUUAUUUUCAAAAUAGCACAUUUGGCCCUGCUAUAAUGCUGAAGGAAAAGGUAAGGCAAGGCUUGCAGAAUGGAUACUAAUGUAUUUCUACUCCCUAAGAUAAAACAAUGAUGGCCAUACACAACAGAAUUUCUGUCCCUUUCUCGAAGCAUUUGGAAGGAGCUCCUUCAGAAUAGGAUAAAAAAGGAUACUAACAGCUCUGUAUUGUACUCAGUCAUUAAUAGAAUAGUCAGUUUUUGCAUAAAGAAAAAGUUUGGAAGUUUUACUCCCCAUCGGAAAACAGUUUUUCUUUUUGAGAAUUUUGAUAACUGAGAUAAACUAUAACAGAUGAUGAAGUCUUCUCUGUAUUGGAUAUAAAGGAAUGAAAGGUACCUGGAGUAGGAUCUGAACGGAAAUGUACAUUUCUUGGUACCUUACUUGGAAAAUGUGACAUGUUGAAACCUUUGUUA